CGGCAAUAUCCUCAAUCUCGUGGCUCGUUCCAUUGCCUACUCAGCCAACCAACACUCCUUCCUUCUCUUCCGUUUCCAGCAACCGUGCGCCGCCACCACCACUUCCACCACUUCUCCUCCCCCGCAAAUAGAUAAACACAUCCAUUCUCAAAAGUUCAUUAACGUUCUUUGCACAUCAUCCAUCAUGCCUAAGAUCACAGAGAUUUUCUUCGAUUGCGAUAACACCCUCGUCCUCUCAGAGGAACUGGCCUUCGAGGCCUGCGCCGAUCUCGCCAAUGAGAUCCUCGAAAAGCAGGGCCUCACCGUCCGUUACACCGGUGAAGAGCUCAUCAAAGACUUUGUCGGCCAGAACUUCCGUGGCAUGAUGCAGUCUCUUCAGGCCAAGUUCAAGUUCGAGCUCACCAAGGAGGAGCUCGAGUCAUAUGUUACAAAGGAAGAAGACAAGGUUAUCGCUAAGCUGCUUGAGAAGGCCAAGCCUUGUGUUGGUGCCACUGAGCAGGUCGAGAAGCUCUUCAAUGAGAAGAAGUACGAUCUCGCCGUCGUUUCCUCCUCCGCUCUGCGCCGUGUCCGUGCUUCUAUCCAGAAGGUCGGGCAGGACAAGUUCUUCGACCACGACAAGGUCUUCAGUGCCGCCACUUCUCUUCCCAAGCCCACCUCGAAGCCUGACCCUGCCAUCUACCUCCAUGCGCUCGAGAAGUGCGGAAAGACGCCAGAGGAGACUGUUACCGUUGAGGACAGUAUUUCUGGUGCUCUGAGUGCAAUUCGCGCCAAGAUUGCAGUCAUUGGCUACGUCGGCAGCUACACCACUCAGGAGAAGCAGGAAGAAAUGGCCAAGCGUCUCACUGACCUCGGCGCUCAGGUUGUCAUGAGAGACUGGAGCGAAUUCCCUGAAUGCCUCAAGAAGAUCGAAGGCGAGGAUGCUUCCGUCGCUUCUCUUUAAGUUGCUUUCCAAGUUUCGGUUCUACACGAUGUCACGACAGCGGGCGCAUUUCCUUUCUUCAAUUUCGGUUAUUUCAUUUCAGUUUUCUGAAGAUUACUCUACAAACAUGCUCCCGCACUUUGCUUUUACCAACCGCGGGAGACGGUCCCGCUCUCCUUUUUGCGGCCAAGUCUUAGCAGGGAGCAUAUCUGCGCUCGGCCUUUUACAUCCAGAUUCUUUCGGGUGGGUAGACGAAUUAGUGAUCCCUUGAUUAAAGCAUAGACAGGUUCUGAUGGACACAGAAGAUACCCAUAGCCUGCAACAGACAAUAAAAAGAGAAUUAAAUCUGUCUUCCGUUA